GCGGACGGCUGCAGGGUGGUGCGCGGGCCCCAGCCCGGAGGAGCCGCCUGAGUCACCGGCCCCGCCCUCCCGAGCCGGACACAGCGGGAGGCCCCAGAGCAGGAGGGAGCGACCCGGGACCGCCGGAACCGACUCGGUUGCAGUCAUGUUCCUGGUUAAUUCGUUCUUGAAGGGCGGCGGUGGCGGCGGGGGAGGCGGGGGUCUGGGCGGCGGCCUGGGGAAUGUGCUCGGAGGCCUCAUCAGCGGAGCUGCGGGCGGCGGCGGCGGUGGCGGCGGCAUGGGCAUGGGCAUGGGAGGAGGUGGUGGAGGCGGUGGAACUGCCAUGCGCAUCCUGGGCGGAGUCAUUAGCGCCAUCAGCGAGGCUGCUGCGCAGUACAACCCCGAGCCCCCGCCCCCACGUAGCCAUUUCUCUAAUACUGAGGCCAAUGAGAGUGAGGAGGUCCGGCAGUUUCGGAAACUCUUUGUCCAGCUGGCUGGAGAUGAUAUGGAGGUCAGCGCCACGGAACUCAUGAAUAUCCUCAACAAGGUGGUGACCCGACACCCGGAUCUGAAAACUGAUGGUUUUGGCAUUGACACUUGUCGAAGCAUGGUGGCUGUGAUGGAUAGUGAUACUACAGGCAAGCUGGGCUUUGAGGAAUUCAAGUACCUCUGGAACAACAUUAAAAAGUGGCAGGCUAUUUACAAACGCUUUGAUGUUGACCGAUCGGGGACCAUCAGCCCCAGUGAACUCCCAGGGGCCUUUGAGGCCGCAGGCUUCCACCUGAAUGAGCAUCUCUACAGUAUGAUCAUCCGGCGCUACUCAGAUGAGAGUGGCAGCAUGGACUUCGACAACUUCAUCAGCUGCCUGGUCAGGCUGGACGCCAUGUUCCGUGCUUUCAAAUCUCUUGACAAAAAUGGCACUGGGCAGAUCCAAGUGAACAUCCAGGAGUGGCUGCAGCUGACUAUGUAUUCCUGAACUGGGACCACCGACCUGCCCCUCACAGCUCACUCUGGAGCCACAUUGAAUCCUGAUCCUGUCUGCAGCCACAUUUUUAUGGUCAUGUCCCGCUACCCACAGGGCUUUCUUCUCCCUGUCUGGUACCCACUUCCCAGUCAGCAGCCAGAGCCCAACAUGCCCCAGCUUGCCAUACCCUGAGUUACCCCUGGCUCGAAGACAAGCUAGUUUGCUUUCUCUGCUGAAGGGUCACCCCGCCCCAGCACACCCAUCCCACACCCUCCGUUCCCUUCAUCACCUUCAUCCUGUCUGUGGGCCAAGCCUAGCACUCCGGUUGCUUCCAUGUCCCAAGGGCCCUGUCUCAGUUCUGGGAGGAUCACUCCUGUCCCCACACACCCUAUUACACACUCGUUCAGUCACCUCCCAGGCAGCCAAAUAAACUCCAGGCCAUGGCAGGCCCACACACCCUAGUGCCAAUGCCUGCACUGUUUCCACAGCUGUCAGGCCCAGGAGGAAAUAAACUCUCUCCACCUGCUGCUUCCCAUGGGCUCUGCCUCCUGAGUGUUGAGAGGUGGCUCAGAGUACAGGGAGGAGGAACAAUCU